AAGCGAGUUUAUUAUUUGUUUUGAUAACGAAAACGGAUUACAAACCACAAAAUGAUAUCAUUUGUACUAUUUUGUCAAUUAGUUAUCAACAACACUUGAUCUGCACGUGACAAAAAUCCUUUUCCAUUCUGUAGAAGAAUGGAGUCUCCUCCAUUGGAAGAAUCUAAUCAGGUAGAAGAUAUUGGUGCAAUCGGAGACACUUCCAAAACAACAAAGACAACAGAGCAAGACACUGAGUCCUCUAAAGACAGGACUGAAAUUCAGCAAGACAGUGAGUCCCCUAAAGAAAUUAAAACUGAGGAUCAAGGAGAUACUGGGCUUUUUAAAGACAUAAGAACUGAGGUUCAAGGAGACACUGAUCCUUCUAAAGACAUAAGAAUUGGGGUUCAAGGAGACACUGAGCCUAUCAAAGACAUUAAAACUGAGAUUCAAGGAGACUCUGAGCAUUCUGAAGACAUCAGAACUGAGAGUCAGGAAAAUGAUUAUGAGAAUGACACUUUUGAAGAUGAAGGUUCAGAAAUAACUGAAUCCAUAAAGGAAGAGAUUCAAUCUGAAUCUGAAAGCUGUGACAGUAAAACAUUUGGCUCUGAUAAUGGGCAAAAUAUUGUCACAAGUGAAGUUAAAAAAGAUGAGAUAGGAAUUGUGGAUGAAAUGAGUGAUAGUCAUGAUAGUAAGCAGAAAGAAGAAAUGGAAGGUGAUGAAACAAGUCAGCAGUCUGUUAGCAUGGUUAAGGCAGUCACAGAAUAUCAUCAGUAUGUAAAUGUUGAAAUCACUACUGAUGAGGAUGAUGAUAAAAAAGAAUUUAUAGUAGAUGAAAAGAUUACAACAACUGAAACUAAAGCAAGCACAGACAUUGGUGCUGUAAAAGAUGAAACUAAAUCUAAGGAAGAAAUAGUUAGUUCAGAGGAAAGCAGUGUUAAUGAUGAUGAAAAUGGAAAUUUUCAGGAAAUAUCAGAAGAACUUUUGAUGGUGAAGCAGAAAACUGUUUCUGACCAUGUAGAUUCUGGAAGUGAAACUAAUCAGAUCGAUGAAAGAAAUAGCAUUAAAUCGGAAGAACAUUUUGAUUCCUUUGAUAGCUCAUCGGGAAAUGUGCAAAAUAUAAAAACAGAAGAAAUAAAAAAAGAUAACUUAGAAGAUCAAACUGUGCAUUCUGAAAAAGAUCCGAAUUUAGAAAAACCUGAGAAUGAGAUAAUUGUCAUGGAAACUGAAUUUAAACCAGAGGAAAGGGAAAAUGAAGAAGAAGAUGAGGAUAAAAGCAGUGCUACUGACACCAGUAAUUUGGCAAAUAUAAUCGUCAAACAUGUCCUCGAUACAGCUGUGUCUACUUUUAAUAAUGAUACUUCCUUUUCUUCUGAUGAAGGACUUGAAAAUGAUGAAGAAUCAGUAUUAAAAGAAAGGUUGACAACAGAGGUAGAUGAAAGUCAAAUUAAACAUCCAGAUGACAAAGAUGAGAUUGAAAUAGAUGAAAGAAAAGAAUGGUCUCAAACAGUUGUUGAUUCAUUGACAAGAGAAGAAUGCCUGCCCUCUGGUGAGGAAAGUGCAGAUGGACAGGAAGUUGAAUUUGAUGAGAAUGGGAACAGGAGAGGAGAGCCUGAAAUUACAGCAAAUCCAGUUGCUAUGGAAAUUGCAGUUUCAAUGGUUAUUGAUAGAAAAGAAGCAGAAGCAACUCGGGUAACAGAUCAGAUUCAGGAAGAUAUUAAAGAAAUUUCUGAGCACAUUAGUUUAAACGAUACAAUUGAAACAGAACAAAAUGCUUCAAGAACCGUAGAAAAUGGAGAUGAACAUUUGUCUUCUGAAAAUGAGGCAGAUAUCCAAUCAUCAGUUGAACCUCAAAAGAAAAACAUCUAUGAACGACAACAAAGUGAAGAGGCUUGUGGAAGUCAAGGAAUGCCAAAACUUGAUCCUCUUCCAAAUUAUCCAGACUAUCCAAUUAACUAUGGAAAUUAUAAAGUUUGUCGUAAGUUAUCUCCCCGUGAAAAAGAAUGUAUAAUCAUUGAUACUGGUGAAAUAUUAACAUGUAAGGAUAAAAGUCAGGAGCAGAAAGAAAUACUUCAAGGUCAAGGUGACCCAAGUGAAAAUUUUUGCAAACGUUCUAGUACACCCCAACAAACUAUGAACAACUCUAGGGAAAUUUUUGGAAUUGAAAAUAAUCGUUCUCCACAAAGAAAUGGAGAGAGCUCAUUUAGAAUAAUGAAAAAUUCAUACGAUUUAAGGCAGAGCCCUGUUACAUCUCCCAGGGACCAGUAUAAGGCAAAUAAUAUAACAAGAGAUCAAACAGCCAGUAAUCCAAAUGUGACAGAAAACAUUGGUUAUGCUCAUGUUAAUCUUUCACAAUCAAAGUACCCAGACGAAGAUGCAGGAACAUCAAGUGUUCCAGCAAACCAGCAUGUUUUGUUCAAACAUCAUGAUGAUCAUGAUUAUGAAACAAGCAGACGACAAUUAAGAAAUGAAGAUAAUUUACAAAAACUGAACAAUGAAAGUGAUUUAAGGCAUGGAAUACAGCCAGGGAGUAGAAUGCAACACAUGGACCAUUCACCAUCAAGAAAUCUAUACAAUACACAAGGAGAAAUUGAUUUAUCAGAUCCUAGUGUUAUGGUAAGAUACCAAAGAAACAUUCUUUCACAAAAUUUACAUCAAAAUUUUGCAAAUGCUUCUGCACCCGAAGUUAGUAUGGAUCAUUCACAUUCUACCAAUCCAUUGAGGAUGUCAGAAACAGAUACUGCUCUAUUGUCACAACUGUAUGCCAGAUAUGGAAACUUGUCCUCACAGAGCAGGAAUAUGACUGGAUCUUACAGUCAUGACAGUGAUGAGAGAGAGAUUUCAACUUCAACAGAUGCUAUAUCAACCCCUCCAAGAUCAGGCCCUGUACCUGGUUAUAGAACCUUACAUGAACAACAGAACACAUGGAUGCAGAUGUUCAAAACAUUAGAAGAGAAACAUCAACUUGAUCUCCAACAGCAGAAUCGACUUCACAAAGAAUCUUUAUUUAAUUUACAACAACAUAUGGAGAAUGAGCUAUUUGACCAACAGAAAAACUUUCGUCAGAAACUGACUACACAUAAAGAAGCACUUUCUCACUCUCUAAAUCGCUCAUUAAGUCCUAUAAACUCAGUUCAUGACGAGCAUAGUAAAUCUUAUUCAAGGAUGAAUGACUCACAAAUUUCACGGACAGCUGAAAAUCUCCCCCAAGGUAGAGAUGGUACAUUAUCAUAUCAAGAAACAUUUCAAACCCACAAUUCUUUGCUUCGAAAUCGUUCACCAUCUUGGCGGGAAAUCUAUAAGGAGAUCCGUGGCGUUGAUGCAAGUGAUUGUGAUGAAGAUCACUCACCAAGGGAAACUGUUAGAAGGUCCUUGAAUAGAGAUUUUUCUAAUUCACCGGAAAGGUCAAGGUCAAACAUCGAAGGACAAGGCCAAAAGGAGAAUAAUUUGACAAGACAAUCUUUAUCACCAAGGGAGAGACCUACAAGAUCAAGCCAUCAAGAACCACCAAGGGCUGGUGUUUACAGUAGUCCUAUGCCAAUCUUGAGAGGAAAAGUAAACAACACUGAGCAAGAAAUAGAACCCACAGUGACCCCUCCAAGGAGAGAGGACAGAAAUUUUAAUAGUGGUGACAGAGUAACCUCCCCUUCAAUGAGUGAGAAGAAACAGAGUUCAUCACUGCAGCGUCUGUUAGAAAGUCAUCACCAAGAACGACUACAGCAGCAGGCACAGAGAGAUGUGGAGCUGGCUGGAGAUUCUACUAAUGCUGAUGAUGUAUUUUUAUCUGCAAGCACUAGAGUAAGUUUACGGGAGAAGCAUGCAAAACAUAUGGCAGACUUACGUGAAUACUAUGAGAAAGAGUUACGUGACCUCAGGGGUUCCUUACUCUCAGAUAUGACAGAACAAUCACCAUACAAAAGAGUUUCUAGUGAGAAUCAGAAUCUAGUCAUAGAAAAUCGUCUCCUGAGAGAAAAAAUACAGGACAUGGAAAAUGGUACCACAGUUAUAACUAGGCAGUGUAGAGAACUGGAACAAAUUAACCAUGGGCUAGAAGUUAGAGCGAAAGAAUAUGCAGAAAAUUUGAAUGAAUCCCAGGCUAAAUUGAAUAACUUUAGAAACAAAAUGGAAGAAUUACAGUACUAUUAUAGAGAGAAAGAUGAAUCUGCCGAGCAGCUGGAAUUCCAAGUUAAACAUCUAAAUGACAAAAUUAGAGUAGCCAAAAAGACUAAUCAGGAGCUAACUGACCAGAUCCAGAGAGAAAGAGGUGUUUUACACAAGAUUUCAGACAAGUGUGAAGCUGCUGAAAGGGAACAACAAUUGACAAAGGAAUCUUUAUCAAAUACAGAAAACAAGUUGUAUGAUGCAAGAACAGAAAUAGUGGAACUUAAGAGAACUGUUUCAAAGUUGGAAUUAGAAAAUAAAAGAUUAUGUAGAGAAAAUGACAACUUACAUAGGAGAAUGCAGACUGGCAACACUUCUAUUCUCCAUGGGAGUUUCCAUGAUUCUUUUGAAUCCCCAUCAUCAGAUUAUGUGCCAUCCCCAAAAAGAGAGACACCUACAGUCAGUGUCAAAUCUCCAAGGGGAGUUAAAUCUCCAAGAAGUGAAGCAGGAUCAAGGUCAAAUACUAGGAGAGAUAACUCUUUGUCAGAAAGGGAGAGAAUGAAUGGUUCUCUAGGAGAUUUGUCUGUUCAAAGCUCUUCCAGGUCAAAAUCACCAUUAAGAAACAGUGCAAAUGGAUAUGAACAAUUAGGUGAUAGUGUGUUAGAGAGUAGUGUUGAUCAAAUUGACACUUCCAAAGUAUCACCUGUCAUGAGGGCGGAACAGGACCUAUACAGACUCAGAGACAUGAUGCGACAAAUUGGACAAAGUCCAAGCGAACCUCCAAAAUUUAAAUUGAAGAAGAAAUUCUACGGAAGUGAUAUUCAGACUCAAACUAGAAAUGGCGAUUUUUCUCCUGGAAGUAGUCCCAAAAUUCAGAGAAAAAAAUCACCAUCAAGUUCACCGAAAACAAAAUCAACACAUUCAAGACGUUCUCAGGAUAAUAGUAAUGGUAUUUUGAAUAACUCUUCUGCAAGGGGUCAAAGGCCACCUUCAAAGUUAUCAGUGAAUCCAGAUGAAUAUUCAAGUCCAACUAGGUUUGAUAUAAGUACGGACAAAAAUAAAUCAAAUGGUGUUAUUCCAAGACGACAUCCUGGGGACGGUGAGCCACAGAGAGAUGAAAACAAGCCAUCAAACAAAAGUUUACAAGCAAAAAGUGCACAGAGUUCAAAAGUCAAGAAAUCCAAAAAGAUUUUAAAUGGUAGUCAUGAUUCUAGAAAUGAGGUUGAAGAUACCUUGAAUAGAAUGCGAUCGGGUGAAUAUGUGACACGUCCAGAGUGGGAGGAUAUGUAUACCUCCAUGGCAAAACCAUUAGACAACAAACAAGUCCAGACUGUGCCAAGAGAGGAAAAGAUUAGAGACAGAUUAAGUAAUAUUACAGAGUUGGAACACAGAUAUGAUGAUCUCAGUGCAGAAAAGAGAACAUUGGAGUCGACAUUAAGCAGAAUACCUCUACAUGGUAAAGGCAGACAGGAAAAGGAGAGAGUAGAUGAAAAGUUGGAUCAGGUGGAAAGAGAACUAGGAUCCAUCAGAAUGUCACUGAAGAGAUACAAUGUGUUAAAGACUUCUAUUUAAUUUUUGUUAGUUAUUUGUUGGUUCACUAUUUGUUAAAGUGAAAUUACAAUAUGUUCGCUCUUUGCCAUAUUUGAUUUCAUUAGUUUCUGGCUGAAAUAUGUUGUUAACAUAUUAUAUUUAUUGUAUCUGAUUUCAUGGGUAUUACUUCAUAUUAGCUAUAUAUAUAUGUAUGUAUUCUCAAAAACUAUACUUCAUGUGUACUAAAUAUUAAACAAUGCCAAAGAAGUUGAACAAAUUUUAAACAAAUCCUUCAGUUUGGUGUCUAUAGACAUCUCUAUUCAAAGAGUUUUAUAACAUCUAAAUGAAAGUGUCACUUUUUUUUUGUGAAAUGUACAAGUGAAUGAUUAUAUUAUUCAGAUUGUACUUCUUGUUUUGCAUUCUUCAAUCUGGCCAACUUACCGAUCCUAAUUUUAAAAGGAAAUCCUUUUUUUUUUUAAUUUAAGAUUUUUUUUUAUGAUAUGUUAUUUCAUAUUUAUUACUGUAUUAAGUAAUGGUAACAAAUUAGCAUUAUAUUUUGUAUUGAUUAUAUAGCAGUGCCAUAUUUCAAAGGUAUUAUUUUUUGCUAGAGCCAACUAUUCCUGGUAAUGAAAAUCUCCCAUUAGGUGUUGAAGUGUUUUGUAGGUAUUUAUUUUAAAGUACAUUUUCUUAUCCAACAUUAACACAUAUUUUUUUCAUAUAGCUGCCAACAAACUUGACAUGCAAUAAAUCAUUAAGCAUAAAUGUAUAUUAGAAUUGAUGUAUUGCUUUAGGAAUGAGACCAAAGCACCUAAAAAUAAUCAAAAUUAUUAGAGUUGCCUCCCCCUAACCUCAAAUCCUGGAGCUGUGUCGCCAUGUUUUAAAAAAAAAUUACACAGCAUUAGAUGUCUUUAGGUUUACUAUUGAUUUUCCUGUGCUAAAGGGAGAUACCUAUCUCCCAAUGUAUUUCUAAAGUUUGGUAUAACAACCUAGAGUAGAGUUGUAGAAUUAUUUUGAAGUAUAUUUGGUAUUAAAAGGGGAAUUAGCACUCACUGUUAGACAUUAUUGUAAACACAUAUAGUCAAAUAUGUACAAUAACAAUUAACUAAUUUUCACAUCAAAUUUAAUCAUUUUAUUACUGCCAAACAUUGAACAUUGAAUGUUUCACAUUUUUAAACAUUUGAAUAAUAGUAUAAAGUUCAUUGACUUUUUUCUUUUGUAAUCUAAUUUAUGAUGUUCCAUUGUCACUUUGUUGUGGUUUCCGUCAGAUUCACUACAAAUUUCUAAAUGAGUAUCUUUUUCAUUUAUGAGAGGCUAGAUUUCUGUAAAUGUUUUGGCCAUUUUUCUCUUUUCUUUAUUUAUUUUGCUCAUUAUUCUCUAUUAUUUAUAUUAUUCUCUGUUCUUUAUCUUCAUUUUAAAUAUUAUUAGAUAUAAUUAGUCCAACCUGCAUACCAAACUUUUCCUCAGUCAAAGAACAUGACGGAAACAAGUGAAUCCACAGUAGCUCUUUUUACAUACGGAUCCCCUGUCUGAAAUCCACAAAUACCUCCUAUUUAAGUAUGUCUAUCCACUUUCUGGUCGGUAUAAAUGUUGUAGCUUAGACCUAUUUAUGUUUCAUUGAUACUCUGAACAAAAUACACAUACCUCUUGUAAAACUGCAUCUGUAUCAUUUCUGUACACGUGAUUUGACAUAACAUAUUUAUAGAUGUUAAUUUAUACUUGUUACACAUGAAUAAACAAAUUACUAAACUUA